UGGUUUUAGGACCAGGCGGAGGCUGCUCAGAAGCACAUGGUCUCUAGUUAAAAGGCAACACUUUUCGCCAGUAACUGCCUGCGAAUUAAAUGUUAUUUUAACGGGCGACUAAGACGGCAAGACCUUGUCGUAUCUGUUCACGUUGUCCUCUCUUUCCAACAUUUUUUCCCCCAUCCGAUUUCUAUGAAUUCCCGUCAGGAGGCUUCCCUCCGUCCGGAUAUCUCGUAGAAUGGGCAAAGACGCGCUGAGUUGAAGCAGCUGUUAUUAUUAGGCUUCCCUGGCGCGCUCCUCGCAGACGCACUUGAUCAUAUUUCAGGAAGUCCCUUUCUCUUUAUUUAAGGGGGGGACUGGCUGGCUGUUGAAGAUCAGCUGUUGUCGGACUGCUGGUUGUAUGAUGGUUGAGCUUCUGUAGAGACGUCUCAGCAUCAUGAGCAGCCAGAGCAAGAGGAGACUGAAGUUUAUUCUGACAGCACUUCAGACUUCGACCGUCUGCUGGUUGAUGUGUGGCAAGGUGCACUCUGCAGAAGAAAAUCUUGUGGGUGUGGUUGUUGAACAGGGACCAACAGCGAAGUCGAAACAUCCUGAGACAACAGUGCCUCUUCUGCUUUCUGGACAAGAAUGGAAACCAGUCAGCGAACUCAAAUUCCAGAGUCACCCUGUGUCGCUGAAGCUCUCGGUGGAGGUGGAAGGCGAGCAGCUGGUCCUGGCUCUGGAGAAAAACGAGGGGCUGUUUGCUGGAAACUAUAUGGAAACCCAUUACCUGGAAGAUGGCAGUGCAGUCACAGGCCCUCACAACUUCACGGCAAACUGCUACUACCAUGGAGAGGUGGAGGGCCACGUUGAGUCAGAUGUCAGCCUAAGUACCUGUGCUGGGAUUAAAGGUUUCAUAUAUCUUGGAAGCAAAUCCUACAUUCUCGAACCAUGUGCCAACUGCUCUGAUGGGAUUCACUGGAUCUACUCGGCAGAACACCUAAUUUCUGUUCCUGGCACCUGUGGUCAUGGAUUUAACAUUUCCCACCCCUCCGUGCAUACAGACAGCAGUCCAUUCAAGGCCUUCAGCACAAGACAUAAACGCCACCUCCAGACAACCACCAAAUACGUGGAGCUCAUCAUUGUUGCCGACAACAGAGAGUUUCAGAAGCAAGGCAAAGACGUAGACAAGGUCAAACAGCGACUGGCUGAGAUCGCCAAUUACGUGGACAAGUUCUACAGAGCUUUGAACAUCCGAGUUGCACUGGUUGGGCUCGAGGUAUGGAGCGACGUGGACAAGUGUCCCAUUACACAGGACCCCUUCACUACAUUGCAUGAAUUUCUGGACUGGAGGAAGGUCAAAUUACUGCCUCAGAAAGCCCACGACAACGCCCAGCUAAUCAGUGGGGUGUAUUUCCAGGGCACUACUAUUGGGAUGGCACCCAUCAUGAGCAUGUGCACGGCAGAGCAGUCAGGAGGAAUUGUCAUGGAUCAUUCGGACAAUCCUCUGGGAGCUGCAGUCACUCUGGCUCAUGAACUUGGACACAACUUUGGAAUGAACCACGACACACCUGAAAGGGGAUGCGGAUGCAGAGUGACAGCGGACCGUGGUGGCUGCAUUAUGACUCCUUCCACUGGGUAUCCCUUCCCGACCGUGUUCAGCAGCUGCAGCAAGAAGGACCUGAUGGCGAGUUUUGACAAAGGAGUGGGCAUGUGCCUGUUUAACAUGCCGGAGCUCAAAGUGCUCUACGGAGGGCAGAAAUGCGGCAACGGCUACGUGGAGGAGGGAGAGGAGUGCGACUGCGGCGAAGUGGAGGAAUGUAUGAAUCCCUGCUGCAAUGCUACUACCUGCACGCUGAAAGGCGAUGCUGUCUGUGCACAUGGACACUGCUGCCAGGACUGCCAGCUGAAGCCAGCGGGAACUCCAUGCCGUGAACCCAGUAACUCCUGUGAUCUGCCGGAGUUCUGCACAGGCGCCAGCCCUCACUGCCCCGCCAACGUCUACCUGCACGACGGCCACUCCUGCCACAACGUGGACGGCUACUGUUACAACGGCAUUUGCCAGACCCACGAGCAGCAGUGUAUCACGCUGUGGGGCCAAGGAGCCAAGCCAGCUCCGGGGAUCUGCUUUGAAAGAGUCAACUCAGCAGGGGACCCUUAUGGCAACUGUGGCAAGGAUUCAAAAGGCUCCUUUGCAAAAUGCGAAGCACGAGAUGCUAAAUGUGGCAAAAUCCAGUGUCAGGGAGGAGCCAACCGGCCAGUUAUCGGCACAAACGCAGUUUCCAUCGAAACAAAUAUACCCCUGCAGGAAGGUGGAAAGAUAUUGUGUCGAGGUACGCACGUCUACUUGGGCGAUGACAUGCCUGAUCCGGGCCUGGUCCUGACGGGAACGAAAUGUGGAGAUGGAAUGAUGUGUCUGAAUCGUCGGUGCCAGAACGUCAGCGUUUUUAGUGUGCACGAGUGUGCAGCCAAGUGCAGUGAUCGCGGGGUGUGCAACAGCAACAAGAACUGUCACUGUGAGGCUCACUGGGCGCCUCCCUUCUGUGACAAGUCAGGUUUUGGAGGAAGUGUCGACAGCGGCCCCAUCAGGCUCGCAGACAGCAGGAAUCUGACUGUGGGUAUCCUGGUGGCUCUUCUCACGGUGCUGGUAGCUGCUCUGAUCAUCUGCAUCAAGAGGAAAACCCUGGUUGGCCUUUUGUUCACCAGCAAAAAGAACCCAAUAGAAAAGAUCAGAUCAGAAAGUGCUGAAAUCAGCAGACCGUCGGCUCCUAAGCAGCACCCUUCUUCUCCAACCCGACCGGCCCCACCUCUCCCCCACAGUGCCACCAUCUUCAAGUCUCCUCAACGGGUGCCAGAUGCAGGGCCCCCGUCGGCUCCUUACCCGUCCCACAGCCUGCAUAGACUCCCCCAGUGCCCUCCAGUUCACCUCAGCCACCCGGUCCCUCUGUCUCUCACGCUGUCCCUCACCCCCGGGCCCAGGCAGCCGAGACCCCCAGCACCUCCGCCCCACCGAGCCCCUCUGCCUCACACCCACAUGGCACCCAGGGGGGCGUCAUUUCGCAGCGCCUCACACCAUAACUCCUGCAGGAUGGUCAUGGAGCUGGAUAAGCCUAGUCCUCCUCAGAAACCUCUGCCUGCUGAUCCGAGGACCUCCCGUCUGGUGCGAAGUCCGUCUUGCGUUCAGAGCAGCACUUUAGUCCGAGGCUCCUCUGCUGCGUGCGGCCGUGCAGCUGCACCGGGUGGCCCUAGACCUGCACGCCCCGUUCCACACCCCAACAAGCCAAGUCCCAGGCAUCCUCCGACGCUACCAAAGCCUUGCAUCAUCGCCAACGUCAGAUACAACAGCUGAGACUUUGGCCAGAGGGGACGCUUUUUUUUUUUCUAACGGAAACAAAAGUUUAAAAAGUUGCACUAUAAAAACUCUGAGGAACCCCACAUGAGAAAAAUGGCGGAGGCACCUCUCAGUUGUGAACCAUGAGAUUUGCCGUGUCCCUUUUGGUGCUCUGUCUCUAAAACGGUGCUACAAGUCUGCGCUCAGGUAGAUGUAAAGUAUUUAUAAUUGUGUAUUUAUUGCCACCCAGUGCACUGUGCCAGACACUUUUACUACACGGUAACAACUUUGGCUCUUUUUUUUAUUUCACUUUUUUAUAUCUACACUGAUUUAUUUUUUUGUUUCAUUUUCUAAGUAGUAAAAGAUGAUUAAAAAAAACAUACAUUUAUGUGAAUUAGUCAGAUUUACAGCGGCUUUUAAAAGUUUCCAUAACCUUUUAACUUUUUCCUAUUUUCUCGCUUGAAAACCACAAACUGCAGUUUAUUGGUGUUUUUAUGUGAGCAAAAUAAGAUGUUGCUUCACUGUGAAGGAGAAGGAAAAUUAUGUUUUCAUUUGCAGGGAACACCGCAAACAUGUGGAAGAAGGUGCUCCGGUCAGACAAGAUCAAAAUUAAACUUUUUGGCCUUCAUAUAAGGGAAGGAAAAUGAACACUUUAUAUCACCCUUAACACACGCCGUGGGAAUGCUCGUCUUCAGCAGGGAACGGGAAGCUGGUCAUAGUAAAUGGAAAGUUCAACUAAGUUAGAAACAGGCCAAUUUUGGAAGAAAGCCUAUUGAGACUAAUGUUAAUAUAAACCUUUGAGCAGGACAAUCAAGAAUCUCUGUCAUCAUGUCACCAAAAUGAAAUAUUGAUGAGACACCAGCUCAAAAUUCUCACAUAACACACAGACACAUAAACAAGACAUAAUGUUCAAAUAGCUGAAUGCUAUGACAAGACUUUCUUAGAAGCUAAAAAAAAUGCAAAUAGUCCUUCGCUAUCUGUCUCUUCUGACUCAUAGUUGCUCUCACUUUACAGACAAUGUAAAUUACUGUAUAAUUACAUUGAUUUAAAAAAAAAAGACUCCCUUGGUUAGAAGUUGAAAUGACCCUAAUUGACCAUAAACAUGCAACCAGUGCUGCAAUUGAAUGGUUUAGAGAAAAGCAUGUAGACUGAUCCAGAGUCCAGACCUGAAUCCAACUAAAGAUCUGUGGGAAGACUUGCAAAUGGAUGUUCACAGACACACCCUUUUAAGUCUGACUGAGCUUGAGCUAAUUUGCAAAGAAGAAUUGGCCAAAAAGUCUCUAGAUGUGGAAACCUGUUAGAGACGUAGCCCAACAGAGUAGCAGCUGUGAUUGCAGCAGAGGGUGGUUCUGCACAGUAUUGACUCAGAGGGGGCUGAAUACAAAUGCAUAUUACGCUUUUCAUAUUUGCCUUGCCAGAAAAGUUAAAGAAAAAUUAAAGUAAUUUUCCUUCCACUUUACAAUUAGGCACUACUUGUGUUGGUGUAUCUCAAAUAUUCCCAUAUUAAAUGUGUCAAAGUUUAUGGCCAUGGAUGAAUGGAUGGAUAAUGUGACAGAAUGUGGAAAAAGUUAAAAGGUUAUGAUUUUUUUUUUCACGAGAUACUGUGGAUCUGUUUCUGUAAAAAGUUUAAAAAAGGGAACUCUUUACAUUAUGGUUUUAUUCUCUAGACCACAUGUAGAGCUUAAAAGGAGUAUUUUACAACGACUGAUGAGGCCUCUGGGGUUUCCUGACGAGGGAAUGCUCUGUGUUGCAUCUUUGAGCCAAUCUGGAAAGGCUUGAAACAUCCAUGGAAACACAGAAAGUGGUGUUACAACCUCAGCUCUGCAGCACACUACAAUAACCACGUUCUUCUUCAUCUAAAUCGCAGCAAAAUCUAAAAUGAGCUGAAAUCGAGAACAUGAAUCUGUGAAACACGAUGUCUGUGUGUUUUAAGAGUUUGACUCUAUGCCUUUCUGCACAAAAGACUCUGAUUCAGCCAUUGAAUCAUUAAACACUUUGCUCACCUUUAAAAAGCAGCCGUUCGGCUGCAGCUCUCGUGAAAAAUGCUGUUUUUAACUCUGUGAAGGAAAAUUGUGCCCAAUGAGCCAUCUUACAUCCACGAAUAAAAGGGUGUUGUACAUUUAUUUGUUUUUAUGUUUUGCCUUUUAUACUUUGGAUUUAUUUAGGAGAUCAGCUUACACGUUGUUUUCAUUAUUAUUCCGCCUGAAGAAAUUGUUUACUUGACUGCAGUUCAGUUUGUAUUUGCAUACAUGCACAGUAAAGAACAAUUCACAUGCAUAUUGUUUUGACUUUCAGUGCACUUAUUUUUACUCUGCAUUCACUUGCCUUUACUUUUCUGUGCUCAUGUUCUGAUUACUGUAGUCACGAUCUCUGUAUGUUAUAUAUGUAUGUAUGUAUGUUGUGUUACAGGUGAACACAUUUUCACAAUUUUCUAAACUAAUGACUGUUUGAUACUUUACACGUAAAGAAACCCUAAAGUGUCAUUCACUGAGUUCAAACACACAGGCGGCAUUUGUAAAGCUGUUUUAAUAAAAAGGAAAGUUUGUGGA